AUGGAGAUGGCCGCAGUCGCACAACGCAUUUCGCUGCCGGAGGUGGAGAGGUUGAGUGGAUCAGUGAUCAGGCUGUUGGCUGGGAAUCCUGGGAAGUUCACAUUACAAGGGACAAACACCUAUCUUAUCGGCAAAGGCAGAGACCGUCUUCUGAUAGACACAGGCGAAGGGAAACCCAGCUGGUCUGCCUCGCUAAGGGGUGUCCUGGAGGCCGAAAAGGCCACUGUGAAGCAAGCGCUCCUGACGCACUGGCACCGAGAUCAUGUUGGAGGUGUCCUGGAUUUGUUGGAGAUUUGUCCCAAUGCUAAAGUGUGCAAAUACGAUGGGGAAGGGGAUGAGUUGAAUAUUGAGGACGGCCAGGUUUUUACGGUGGAGGGUGCGACGCUGAGGACAAUACAUACUCCUGGUCAUACAACGGACCAUGUCACGUUUUUGUUGGAAGAGGAGAAUGCAUUGUUUACGGGUGAUAACGUCCUUGGUCAUGGUACUGCAGUUUUCGAGGACCUUGCUGUGUACAUUGCAACAUUGGAGAAGAUGCGUAACCUUGGUGCUAGCAGGGGAUAUCCUGGACAUGGAGCUGUGAUUGAAGACUGCAAAGCUAAGAUUACCGAAUACAUUGAGCACCGACGGCAGAGGGAGGAAGAGGUACUGCGAGUGUUGAAGUUUGGAAGUCUAGACGGCGGCAACCCAGGUACAGGAGGAGCAUUGUAUAAACCUCGCGCUAUGUCGCCAGACGAGCUGGUUUCAGUUAUUUAUCCGGAUAUCGCAGAUCAGAUGCGCAUGCACGCCUCGCAUGGUCUGAUCCAGGCAUUGAUGAAGCUGGAAAAUGAGGGCAAGGUGACGUCGGAUAGCAUAUCUGGGCGGUGGCAGGUGAGUGGUGGGAAAACAUCUUUGUGA